UGGUCCCCAACAGGUUCAUUUACCAAAAGUGAUAGUAUUCUCAAAACAUCUCAUUACAAGUUUACGUUUGAUCGCGCCGAUCAGCUCCUUUUGAUCUCGGACUCCGCCUUGGCUGAUCCCAAGCCCAGCUGUGAAAGGAGGAUGGGUUGGAUGUCAGGCUUGCACCCCUGCAUCUGUAAAUCGAACUCUUGCUACGAAAAGUCAAAACAGAGGAAACCGUCCCCUACUCCACUCCUCUGGUCCCCAGGACCAGGUUGGGUUCCCGCGCUCUCUUCAGGGCGCUUUUUUAAAUUUUUCUUUUUCUAUUUUUUACAAUUCCAGGUCAGGUUCUCAAGCGCUGGAAGGACCCGGAGUCAACAGCCAAGAGCCGAUCCCUGGUCAGAGCAAGAUUUUAUUCCUAGGAGCGGUUCUAUAAGGCUGAACGAGCCCAGCGCUCAAAGCCAAGAACUCUAUCGUAGUAAGACCGCAGCCUGGUCAACGCAAGAAUUAGAGAAAUUGGCGAACCUGGCCGAAAUGCACAGGACAGCCAAGAGUCGCGAGCAGUGGACAGUUUUGGAGCGAGAGUUCUCUUCCAGUCCCACGCACGACGACCCAAUGAGAAAGGCGGAAUCCCUUCGAGCAGCCUAUCGGAGAUUCAUUAAAACCUCCGUAAGAACAUCUGGGGAAUGUACUCAACGUGCAGAAGUGCACAGCAUGGAACGCGUUGAGGAAAAUCUCAACGAUCUUAGCUCGGAGGGCCGCCGACCAAGCAGAGUGUCUUCAGGGCAAAUGAAUAUUAACCAUGCCUACGACUCAGCAAUGAGCGAUGGCGUUACUACGGCCCAACAGACACUCAUCAUUUCCACCAGUGGCAAUAAUGAAACAACGAGUGCAAGCAGCGCUCACGAAACAGAGCUUCCACAGAGAAAGCGCGCUACUUGGAGUUAA